CAGUAUCUGGGUAUUGCUGGAGGACCAUCAGUGAUUGUCCUUGAUCCCUUCUCCCACCUGGUUCCAUCUACUCAUCGCUGCCCAUCUUGUUCAACCUCUGUCCAGUCUCCCCUCCCCCGCUUCAGUGAUAUGCAUCAACCAUCUGGGUCAACCUCGGUCCACCCUGUAUCCCACCACCUCAAUGUUAUAUAUCAGCAAUCUUUCUUCUAACCCUUGUCUUCAUUCUGAAGUGUUCUUUGCACCUUUGGCCUUGCUGAGUUAUUCCAGAAUUGGUUUUUGUUAGCUGGGAUGCCAGAGGAUGAUCAGGUACCAGUUCUGUUGUGCAUUGGUGUGGAGGUGCUAGUCUUUGAACUGUGACUGGCUGACACUCUGCAGCAUUUUACUGUCAGCAAAGAGUACUGGGAGAGUUGUGAUUGGGCUCUAAUCCUGUGAUCGGCAUUCCAGGCAUCUGGCACUGUCGGUGUUUUGGCUUUGACUUUGGUUAGUGCUUCUACAGAUGGGGCUGGAUGUUCCUCCUUCUGUAGUGAAGCACAAAUUUCAAGCAGCUGGAAAUUGGUUGUGGGGAAAUCCCGGAUUGCACUACCCAGGGUGAGAUGCGGGGACGAUGUGUGAGACUCUCAGGGUCAGUGAGUGGCAGAUUCACCUGUGUGACUCUGUGAGGUUGUGUCCUGGGAUAUCACAGUUUUUGAUCCAGGUAAAAUGGACCCAGGGAUCGAGCUGCUUGGGCUUAUGAGGUGUUGAGCGAGUAUUUCUGGUCUGGGAUCAGAUGUUUGUUUCUGGAGUUCCUUUGGAAGCAAUGACUGCUAAUUUGAGGAGAGGAUGAGUCCCCAUUCCAUCCUCACUGGGAGAGGCCGUGAGUGAAUGGGCUGUUCCGUGUUUACAACAGUAGAAAUAGACCCGUGAGUUUGGUGUUCAAACUGGGUUUGGAAAUUUCCCCCCCCCCACUGUCACCUGUCUGUCACCCGGUGGAAAUCAAGCAGAAUCUCAAGUUGCUGGAGAUCUGCACUAAAAACUGAAAAUGUUUGUGAUCAUUCUGACGAAACAUUAUUAACCUGAAUUGUAAAGUUUGUUCCUCUCCCACAGCUGUUCCUCACCUGCCGAGCAUUUCUGUUAGACCUGUGGUGAGAGAUUUAUUGGAAGAAAAACCCCAACUGGAAGCAAACCGCGACUGAAGACGAGGGAACAGCAACAAGUGAACCAGCCCGAGGACUGAGAGCAUCAACCGGAGAGAACCCAUCUAACUUGGAGAAUCCAGCGAUUCAGUCAGGAGAAAGUUUGGUUAAAAAUGACAAGGAAUUUGUCUACGGGAAUCUCGAACACAACACGCCAAUUUUGCUGUCUCUGUCCAUGUAUAUAAGAAGUGGAGCAAGGGAUUUAGUCAAUCACCAUUCAUGUUCAGACUGUGGGGAGGGAUUCACUCAAUCAUCUGGCCAACUGGCGUGCCUGUCAAUUUACACAGGGGGAACCCAUUCAUCUGCUCAGACUGGCAAUGGAUUCACUUUGUUAUCACAACUGAAGGUACAUCAGCAAGUUCCCACUGGGACAAGGACAUUCACCUGUUCUGUGUGUGAGCAGGAAUUCAGUUGGUCUUCCCACCUGUGGACACACCAGUCAGUUCACACUGGACAGAAACUGGUCAUCUGCUGAAUUUGUGGGGAAGGAUUCAUUUGGUCAUCUGACCUAAUGGCUCACCAGCGAGUUCACACUGGGGAGAGGCCAUUCACCUGCUGUGAAUGUGGGAAGGGAUUCGCUCGGUCAUCUCAUCUACAGAUGCACCAACGAGUUCACACUGGGGAGAGACCAUUUACCUGCUCAGUCUGUGAGAAGGGAUUCCAUCAAUCAUCAGAUCUUCAUAGGCACCAGAGAGUUCACACUGGGGAGAAGCCGUUCACCUGCUCAGACUGUGGGAAGGGAUUCACUCGGUCAUCCACACUACUGUCACACCAGUCAGUUCACACUGGGGAGUGGCGGUUCACCUGUUCAGAAUGUGGGAAGGGAUUCACUCAGUCAUCUGAACUACUGGCACACCAGCGAGUUCACAGUGGAGAGAGGCCAUUCACCUGCUCACACUGUGGGAAGGGUUUUGCUCGGUCAUCUCUUCUACAGAUGCACCAGCGAGUUCACACUGGGGAGAGACCGUUCACCUGCUCUGUGUGUGGGAAGGGAUUCCAUCAAUCAUCUGACCUUCAGAGACAUCAGCGAUUUCACACUGGGGAGAAGCCUUUCACCUGUCCAGAUUGUGGAAAGGGAUUCACUCGAUCAUCCACACUAUUGGCACACCAAUCAGUUCACACUGGGGAGAGGCCUUUCACCUGCUCAGAAUGUGGAAAGGGAUUCACUUGGUCAUCCAAUCUACAGAGACACCAGCGAGUUCACACUGGGAAGAGGCUGAUCACCUGCUCAGACUUCGGGAAGUGAUUCUCUCAACCAAAUGUAAAUCAUUGAGUUCACACUGGGGAGAGGGCGUUCACCUGUUGUGAAUGUGGGAAGCAAUUCACGCAGACAUCUAACCUUAUGACAUACUACUGGGUUCACACUGGGGAGAAAGUUUCAAUGAACUGUAUACUGGAUACGUGUCUGAAAGCGGAAUGGGAAACCAUUAGUUGGAUUUUCAAUGGAGCAGGGUCAGAAACCAGAAGCAGGUCUGCAAGGGCAGAGUUUGGGGCUCUGGACGAUGGUCGGGGUAAGGACGUACAGUGAGAAGGGAAUCAUCAGCGGGACGUGGCAAUGAAUGACAUAGUAGCAACAUUUGGAAGCUGAUUAACAGAAAAUAAUCCGGUUCCUGCUUGUUUAUCCUGUAAUAUUAUAUCUGGAUGGCUAUUAUGGAUUGUCCUAUCUGUAACGAUGUAUUGAUUAUCAUAAUUGACUCUAAAACUGGAUCGGGCUUGAAUUUAUGGAGCCUUUAUGAAGAGAUGAAGGGCAUUCCUGAGUUUGUAUUUUAAAGCAAGAUUUUGGUGAAUGAUAUUUGCCACUUGAUUGUACCUGUGUAAGUAAUCAGAUUGAGUUAAACUCUGCAGGAUCCUGGAAUGUGUUGGAUUGUGUUUGGGUUCUCCUGGCAUUUUCUGCACUUACUGCCUUGUUUGUUUGCAUUUUAUGUAUUUUCGACAUUUUUUCCCUUUUGUUAACCACCUUGUCCUGUAUUUCUGUGAGGAACCCCUCUGUUUCUGGGAAGAGGUCUCCAACUCCCAGUCAGGUCACCGGCUAGACUGCUCAGAUCGUUGGGAUGUCUCCCAUGGAGGGUCAUACUCAUUCCACUGGUUAAUGUUUUCUUCCAGAGUGUACACACUUACAGUACACACAUGGAGUGCUGAAUCCUGUUCAUUUUUGAUGAAAAUAUAUAGUUAGUUUUAUCUGACUUGUGUGAUUUUUUUUUUCAUGUGUGUUAUUUCUCUUCCUCCUUCUGUCCAAUGUAGAGUUAAUCCAAGUGGGUUUGUGUGUAAGUAGUCAUUUCUAAAGUUGUCAUUUCAGUUCUUAUUUAUCUUUGUAAAUUUUACUGAUUAAAACGGAACCAAGAUAUUCUA